AUGCCGGAGGUGAGGUUAACGCCAUGCCGACCCAGCUGUGACUUUGCUGUAGGCUUUACUGCUUUGCGCAUUGCCGUUUUCUCGGUGAUGUUUAUUGUUUACAGUCUCGGAACGAUGGUUACAUCCUCCAUAUUGAGCAAGACCAAAAGAGAAUAGAAAUUAAUGCUUUCCCUUCUUACCACUUGUUGGAACAGCACUGGAAUGACUGGCUAACUCAGCGAUCGAUUUCGAAAUUAUACAUCGCACAAAUUCAACAAAGAGCUCGGUGUUUGUACUGCUUCCGGAGAUCAACCACAUAUGCUAUCACUGGUUAACUGACAGCGUGAAUAAAGCAAGGACCAACCCGUAAUGAUAGGAUGAAACGAUGAUCAAUCCGUGGUCACAUGGAAUUAUGGGAUAUACAGUCAAAU